AUGUCACCUGGUAAGCCAGAUGGAGACAUCCAGGAGGUAGUGGGGUGUGAGGACCUGGAGUUUAAUAGACAUUGUAAUGCAGGCUUUGAUUUGUUCACAGAAGUUUUGAAAGUGGUUGCGUUAUCAAGAAAACGUCUGAGGUAUUUGAAUCGAUUCAGCAGCGAGCUGGAGCAGAUUGAGCUGCGGAACAGCUUCAAGGACAGGCAGGGCCGGAGGCACUGCUCUCGGGAGGCGGCCAUCAGGCAGACCCUAGAGCGGGAGCGGCGGCAGUACCAGGCCCACGGCCUCGACAGCUCCAGUUCGGCAUGUCCCAAAGCAAAGCCCAGCUUUUCUCCUAAAACUGGCUCCUUCUGUGCAGUCCGUGUUUCGGUCAGGGACAUCACCACUCGCCCGCCGUCCUGCAGACACUUCAGGCCCCACGUCCAGCUCAUCAGCCGGACGCACUUGGCGUCUGAGGACUUGCGCUGCCGCUCCGCUGCCCGCGCUCGAGCCGCCCGGAUCUCAGCUCUGCCCUCGCGCUGGCCUCCCCAGGCGGCUCUGUGCUCAGUCUCGACCUGA